AUGUCCAACAAGUCCCCUGUUUUCCCCAUCCCAGACCCCCAACACUUCAGCGACUAUGGCUUUGACCCUCAAAUCAACUAUUUUCAGGUAUUGGAGGAAGCCAUGAAGCACAAGCGCGAGACAGCGAGAUCCAUCGACUCCAUCCACUUCAAGCUCCAGAAGCCCAUUUCCAAGGACGACUCCCGGAGCAAAGCCCACAGGUCCAGGAAGAAGCGCUGGUGGAGAAGCGCCCUCCUCUUUUUUAAGUGGCGCUGGGUCCACCACCGCAACGACGACAACAACAACAUUAACGAAGAUGACAUCCACCAGGCCCGGGCCCGGGCGUUCCGGGCCUCCAUAUCGGGUCCUGUGUACUGGACCGAGAGCCGAAGCGGCUCCGCUACGCCCUACCGCACCUCCAGCCGCCCUUCCUCCGGACCCCUAGCCGGAACUCUGACGCCGCCGGUCAAGGGUGACGUGGACACGCCGUACUUGAGUCUAAGAGAACUCAACAUGGAACAACAAGAACAACUUCAGCGGAGGAUGUCUACCUCGGCCAUGCCCAUAUACAUGGUCACUUAG